AUAAGAAUUUCAAAACACUAAUCCAUUUGACGCUUCCUUCCUCGUGUUUCUCUGUCUUACAGCUGUGGAUUUAAUGCAUGAAAUUUUGCUACACCGUGUCUUAUGAGCGAUCAGGCAGCUGACAGUGUUUGUUUUGUGAUGUUGAGUGUGAUCAGUUUUUUUUUAUCUUCGUGACGAGCGUUUUUGAUCUUCAUCAUGAAGCUGAGCUCAUCUGUGUUUGCUUUACUCUGUCUCAUCUGUGAGAUACUGUCCAUCACACUCUUCCUCAGAGGAUUCUUCCCUGUUCCUGUCAAAUCAUCAUUUUCAGCCAAGAGCAAAGUGACUGACUUUCCUGCAGAGCCACUGACAGGAGAUAAUCCAAACUCCACCAAAGCUCCUGUGGCAUUGUUCAGGCGGGUGGUGAUCAUGUUGAUUGAUGCUUUGAGAGAGGACUUUGUGUUCGGCUCUGAGGGGCGGAGCUUCAUGCCCUACACCAGACAUGUGGUGGAGAGAGGGUCAUCUCACAGCUUCAUAGCCAAAGCCAGACCCCCCACCGUAACCAUGCCCAGAAUUAAGGCGCUGACCACCGGCAGCAUCCCGGGUUUCAUAGAUGUGGUGAUGAACCUCAAUUCUCCAGCUCUACUGGAGGAUAACCUCAUCUGGCAGGCCAAGACUGCCGGCAAACGUAUCAUCUUCUACGGUGACGACACUUGGGUGCGCCUCUUCCCCAAACACUUCAUGGAGCAUGACGGCACUACUUCCUUCUUUGUGUCUGACUACACCGAGGUGGACAAUAACGUGACUCGUCAUUUGGACAGCACUUUGAAAAGAGAUGACUGGGAUAUUUUGAUUCUGCAUUAUCUGGGUCUGGACCACAUCGGUCACAUCAGUGGACCACACAGCUCUCUGAUUGGACCAAAGCUUAUGGAGAUGGAUGACAUCAUCAAGAAGAUACAUGCCGCGCUCAUAUCAAAGGAAUCUGAAGGAACAUUGCCCAACUUGUUGGUGCUGUGUGGUGAUCAUGGCAUGUCUGAAACCGGCAGUCACGGUGGAUCGUCAGAACCAGAAAUCAACACACCACUCGUGCUCAUUAGCCCCACCUUCAGGAGGAAAACGGAAUUCGAGGAACCAGACAUUCUGGAGCAGGUCGACCUCACCCCCACCCUCGCCUUGGGUCUGGGGCUACCCAUCUCACAGAACAGCGUGGGCCGUUUGAUUCUUGCCGUGUUUGAGGAGAUUUCUCUUAGAGAACAGCUCCGCCUUCUCCAACUAAACGGACACCAGCUCAACCGCCUCUUACAAGACAGUAUCCCCACCUUCCACAAGGAGGAUGGUUACGAGCUGUUUCGUGUGGCGGAGAAGUCCCACGGGAGCUGGAUGAAGCUCUAUUUAGAGGGAAACACCUCAGAGGUUCUCAGCAACAUGGGCAAGAAGGUUCUUAAACAGUAUCUGGAGGCCUUGAAGGCCAUGAGCUCAGCUCUCAGCAAGCAACUGGGCAAAUACGACAUGUACUCCAUGAUCAUGGCCAUGAUCUUCAUACUGCAGGUUCUUUUCUUGCUGCUGUUGGCCAUGCCUGAGGCGUUGAGCAGGGAGGCGGUUGUAGAAGUCCCGUUGGCAUCGUCUCUGCUAUCUCUGCCCUUCUACCUGCUGUGUCUGCUCGGCUCCGCCCUGCACGUGCUGGUCUGCACCUCUGCCGGUGGUCCUUGCUACCUUUGCACCCUGCCCUGGGUCCUAGUGUUCACCGCCAUCAUCUACUUCUCCGCCUUGACUUGUGCUCUCGUUGCCAUGGCAGUCAGGAGGAUGCCCACCGGGAGCAAGACCCCCAUUAAAGGUUCUGAUUGGACUCUGUCAGAGUUGGAUGCUCUGUUGUUGAUUGGUACAGUGGGUCACACACUCAGUUUGGCUUCAAGCAGCUUCAUCGAGGAGGAACAUCAGACGUGGUACUUCCUGCUCAACACCCUGUGUCUGGCCGUCUUCCAGGAUGUCUGCAGGAAGUACUUCAGAGAGCGGAGGCAGAGGGGUAAGGAAGGGGAAGAGGGGCCUCUCCUUCCCUCCAGCGCUGAGGAAGACUUUGUCUCUCCCUCAUCUUUCUCUCCGGUUGUGGAGCUCAGGAUGAGUGCGGGGUCAGAGAGGUGGCUGGCCCUGGCAACCCCGCUCAUCACCCUGGCCUGCUGUCGACUGCUGAGGUCACUGAAUCAGACCGGAGUGCAGUGGGCGCACCUGCCUGACUUUGGACACUGGCUUAACAGUGGAGAUCACAAGGUGUUCCUCUCAGCACUGGCAGCCGUCUCUCUCAUUCUGAUCUUCCUGUUGGUUCAGCGUCACUGCUCGCUCGUGUCUAAGAUCGCCCUGGCGCUCGGCCUGCUCGGAGUGUACAGCUACCGUGCCGCUGUCGGAAACGUCCUGUUCCCAUGGCAACAUAGCAGCCGUGCCGUCUCCAAGGGGACUGUCGAGGCGCGAUUUGUCUACGUUUUUGUCCUCGGGAUCCUUUUCACAGGUGUGAAGGACCUGUUGCACUCACAGGUGAUUUCAUCUGCAGUGGACAGUGGGCGUCUGAAGAGCCGAGGAUUGUGGGAAGUGUACAGUGGUGUGGUGUUAUUGGUGGCUCUGCUCUUCAGAGCUCAUAAUCUGCCCACGCUGACCUGCUGUCUGCUCAUCCAGACUAUCAUGGCUCAAUUCAUCUGGAAGAAACUGCACUAUGACGCCGCUCAGACUACAAUCAUGCACUACUGGUUCGGCCAGGCAUUCUUCUUCUUUCAGGGGAACUCUAACAACAUUGGGACUGUGGAUAUUUCUGUGGGUUUUGUUGGACUGGAGAGUUAUGUAGAAGCACCUGCCAUUUUCCUCACAGCGCUGAGCACCUACGCAGGACCGCUGCUCUGGGCCUGUCACCUGCUGUGUUACCUCAGCUCAGAGAGAGACAGGGCUGUGAUGGGUCUCGGUCAUGGCAGUUACAUCUUCGCCCUCCUACGGUCCAUCCCAGCUGUGUUCUAUGUGGUUCUGGUAACUGCCCUUCGAUACCACCUCUUCAUCUGGAGCGUGUUCUCUCCCAAACUCUUGUAUGAGGCCAUGCACAUGCUCAUCACCACUGCUGUGUGUCUGUUUAUCACUUUCAUGGAUCAGGACCGCACCACCAGACCAUGAGUCCAAAUCCCAAACCCAGAACCAAACUCAGGUACAGGAAGAGGAGAGUGUUUCAGCUCAUGGAGGGCGUUUUGAUGGGUCAGGAAUCAUAUCUGCAAAAGGUCAAAAGAAUGGUUCAGUAGAUGUUCAGUGUAUUAAAAGAAGAAAUUAAAAUGGUUUGACAUGCAAUUUUAAAACGUUUGUAAGCGAAAGGGGUAAAGGGACUUAAAGUACUAUUGAGAAUGUAGGUUCAUUCUCUUUGGUUACUCUUUCCAUUUAAAUCCAAUCUAGCCCAAUCCAGUAAAAUCCACUUUAGUUCAGAUCAGUUAAAUUUAGCCCAAUCCAGUCAAAUUCACUCCAGUCUAGUUCACUAGUUCAGUCAAAAUUGUCCAGUCUCAUCUAGCCCAGUCCAUUUAAAUCCUCUCCACUCCAGCUAAAUCCAUUCUAGUCCAGUCCAGGUCAUCCCAAUGUAGGCGAGUCCAGAUAAAUCCAGUCCAGUUCAAUCUAACCCGGUCCAGUCCAGUUCAAUCUAACCCAGUCCAGUUAAAUUCACUCCAGUCCAGUUCAUUCCAAAAAGUCCAGUCUCAUCUAGCCCAGUCCAUUUAAAUCCAUUCUUCUCCAGUUAAAUCCAAUCUAGUCCAGUCAAGACCAGUGUAAUUUACUCCAGGCCAGUCCCAUAUAGUCCAGUCUAUUAAAAUCCACUCCAGUUCAAUCAAGUCCAGUCCAGUCAAAUCCACUGUAGUCAAGUCCAGUUCAGUCUAAUAUAUAGAGUCCAGUCUAUGUCAGCCCAAUGUAGACCAGUUAAGUUAAAUCCAGAUCAGUUAAAUCUAACCCAGUUCAGUUUAGUCCUAUGUAGUCCUGACCCAUCUAGUCCAGUGCAUUCUAAUUCACUCUAGUCCAGUCAAAUCCACUGUGUAUCAGUUUUUCACAUUCAUGGAUCAGACUGCACUGCCUGACCAUGAGUCCAAAACCCCAAACUCAAGUACAGGAAGAGGAUGAAAGACAUCAUAUCCACUGACCCAUACUCUCAGCCUUUUCAGAUUUUCUGUGCAUGAAAAGAUGAAAUGUAAUUAAAGUUUCAAGGCGAAUACUUUUACAACAUCAUAUGCCACACCUGAAGAAGAAAGUGUGGAUAAAGAGAUGGAGUUGGUAAUUCUACAUGACUACUGUGAAGUUGAAUAAGCCAUCAGGAGCUCAGUGUUGAGAUUCUGAGCUAACAAUAAGAUUUUACUGGGUCUACUGACUUUAUGUAUUUCCGUGUAUGUGAAUAAAUAAUUUUUAUAAGAGCAUUUUUUGGAGAUGCAAAAGAAUGAUAGUGAUAGCCCAGAUAACAAACCAUAAGACUUUGAGUGUACAUAUACUGUAGUAAUCCCUCUCAUUGUGUAGGCAGUUUCCCUCUUAAAGCUUUACAUAUAAAAGAAAGUGUAAUUUACUGUGUUUUUCACAAUUUCUGUUCCUGGCCAUGGCUUCACCUCUGGUAUAAUAUGAGAUACAUCAUUAGUAACCCUCUCCUCGCUUACAUAUCCAAACUCCUCACGCACUGUAAAGCUUCAAGGGAUCAUAAAAGGUUUAAAGUUAUAUCUGAACACAACUAUGCAUGACGGUUGAAUUUAAUAUGCCUUUUGGGAAUGUAAAUUUUGAACUGAUUUAUAUUGGUUAAGUGGUUCUUCUUGAUCUCAGUGCAAAGAUCUGAUUAAUAAUAAAGUAAACCCUUUUUUUAGAU